AUGCGCAUCAGCAUCAGUGCAUCAGCAUCAGCGCAUCAGCAUCAGCGCAUCAGCAUCAGCGCAUCAGCAUCAGUGCAUGCACAUCAGCAUCAGCGCAUCAGCAUCAGCGCAUCAGCAUCAGCGCAUCAGCAUCAGCGCAUCAGCAUCAGCAUCAGCAUCAGCGCAUCAGCAUCAGCAUCAGCGCAUCAGCAUCAGCGCAUCAGCAUCAGCGCAUCAGCGCAUCAGCAUCAGCGCAUCAGCAUCAGCGCAUCAGCAUCAGCGCAUCAGCAUCAGCGCAUCAGCAUCAGCGCAUCAGCAUCAGCGCAUCAGCAUCAGCGCAUCAGCAUCAGCGCAUCAGCGCAUCAGCAUCAGCGCAUCAGCAUCAGCGCAUCAGCAUCAGCAUCAGCGCAUCAGCAUCAGCAUCAGCAUCAGCGCAUCAGCAUCAGCGCAUCAGCAUCAGCGCAUCAGCAUCAGCAUCAGCGCAUCAGCAUCAGCAUCAGCGCAUCAGCAUCAGCAUCAGCAUCAGCAUCAGCGCAUCAGCAUCAGCAUCAGCAUCAGCAUCAGCGCAUCAGCGCAUCAGCAUCAGCGCAUCAGCAUCAGCGCAUCAGCAUCAGCGCAUCAGCAUCAGCGCAUCAGCGCAUCAGCAUCAGCAUCAGCAUCAGCGCAUCAGCAUCAGCAUCAGCAUCAGCGUCAGCAUCAGCAUCAGCAUCAGCGUCAGCAUCAGCAUCAGCAUCAGCGCAUCAGCGCAUCAGCAUCAGCGCAUCAGCGCAUCAGCAUCAGCAUCAGCAUCAGCGCAUCAGCGCAUCAGCAUCAGCAUCAGCAUCAGCGCAUCAGCAUCAGCGCAUCAGCAUCAGCGCAUCAGCAUCAGCGCAUCAGCGUCAGCGCAUCAGCAUCAGUGCAUGCGCAUCAGCAUCAGCGCAUCAGCAUCAGCAUCAGCGCAUCAGCGCAUCAGCAUCAGCGCAUCAGCAUCAGCGCAUGCGCAUCAGCAUCAGUGCAUCAGCAUCAGCGCAUCAGCAUCAGCAUCAGCGCAUCAGCAUCAGCAUCAGCGCAUCAGCAUCAGCGCAUCAGCAUCAGCGCAUCAGCAUCAGCAUUAUCGCAUCAGCAUCAGCAUCAGCGCAUCAGCAUCAGCGCAUCAGCAUCAGCGCAUCAGCAUCAGCAUCAGCACCAGCAUCAGCAUCAGCACCAGCACCAGCAUCAGCAUCAGCAUCAGCAUCAGCAUCAGCAUCAGCGUCAGCAUCAGCAUCAGCAUCAGCAUCAGCAUCACCAUUGCCAUCGCCCAAUGCUCUCACUCCCCCCAAUGCUCUCAACCCCCCCAAUGCCCCUCACCCCCCCCAAUGCCCCUCACCCACAGAGCAACCCGCUCGCACAUGCUCCCCCACGUCCCCUCUCCCCCCUAUUGCCCACCACCCACAGAGCAACCCGUUGGCGCGGUGGCACAUCUCACCCUCAGCCAUCAACGCCCUCGCCUUCUCCCCUUCGGGAUCUCACAUGGCCACUGUUUCACGUGACGGGUACCUACGAGUGUUUGACUGGGAGCGCGAGGCCCUGGAGGGCGGGUGCAAGAGCUACUACGGGGCGUUCCUGUGCUGCGCCUUCAGCAGUGACGGACGGCUGGUGGCGGCUGGGGGCGAGGACGAUCUGGUGGCCCUGUGGGACCGCCACUCGCACGCCGUGCUCGCCUGGUGCGAGGGGCACUGCUCCUGGGUCACAGCAGUGGCAUUCGACCCCUUCCUCUCCACAACGCCCCCCCCACCCUCCGCCAUCGCCUCUCCUCCCUCCACCACCGCUGCUGCUUCCUCCGCCACUCCCUCUUCCUCCUCGCCCAUCCCCGCCAGCACCAGCAGCACACCCAGUGGCGCGGGCGGUGGUGUGGCAGUGGCGGCGGGUGGUGCAGAGGGGAGCUACAGAUUGGGUUCCGUGGGGCAGGACACGCAGCUGCUGCUGUGGGACGUGGCUCUAGAUGACGUGGUGCUCCCCUUGCGCCUCCAUCCGCACCACCAAUCAGCAGCUGCCACGUCAGCAUCUCACUCUCAUGAUGUGGCAUCGACAAGCACCCCGCCGCCCAACCACCCGCACUCCCGCUCGCACUUCUCUCACUUCCACUCUCACGCCCCCGGUCACGCCUCUCCCAACCGAACACAUGGUGCCACGUCAGCAUCACCAUCCACGUCAGCAGCAGGAACUGCCACGUCAGCGUCAUCAUUAGGUCUGGGUAGAUCCAGCGCCGCCCGGAGUUCCAGUGGGGCAGGGAGUGGUGCCGGUGGGGGCAGCAGCAGCAGUGGGGGUGGUGCGGGCAGCAGUGGGGCUUUAAGAGACGCAUCGGGAUCGAAUGCAUCACAUGCAAGCAAUGCAUCAGCGGUUCUGGUGCCUCCUCCCUCACGCAAGGACGUGCCAAGAAUAUCGCCAGUGAUGGCUCACAAGGUGCAUGUGGAGCCGCUAUCAGCACUCGCCUUCUCACGAGACGCGGUGCUCACAGCCUGUCACGAGGGCUGUGUCAAACUCUGGCUGCGACCAGGCGCCACCCCCCCUCCCGGCAGCAUCGCUGCCUCCUCCACCCCUGCCCCCUCCGCUGCCGCAGCUGCGUCUGUUCCUGCUGCUGCUGUGGCUGCUGGUGCCGCUGUAGCCGUGCCUGCAGCGUCCGCCUCUCCUCUCCGGGGGGACCCCCAGUCAGCCUCUCCCGCCCUCUCCCUGGCUGACCGGGGCCCUGCUGGGUAA